AUGUCACAUUCAUCAGAGAAAGAAGGAAAAGUGGUGGGCAAUUUGUCUGGUGAAUCCAUGAAAACGAUUGCAGAAUCAGUAGCAAUCAAUGGAGUUGGUGAUCAAGCAGCUGGAUUUUUAGCAGAAGAUUGUACAUACCGUCUGAAACAGCUUGUGCAGGAAUCUAUUAAGUUUCUUCAACAUGGCAAACGAAGAAAAUUGACAACCAAUGACUUUGAUAUGGCCUUGAGAUCAAAUAACAUUGAGCCAUUAUAUGGCUUUCAUACACCAGAUUUGAUACCUUUUAGAUUUGCAAGUGGUGGUGGACGUGAACUUUAUUUCAAUGAAGAAAAAGAAUUAGAUUUACAAGAAGUCAUCAAUACACAAUUACCUAAAAUACCUCUUGAUGUUUCCUUGAAGGCUCAUUGGCUAUGCAUCGAUGGUGAACAGCCAGCCAUACCUGAAAACCCUCCUCCUGCUACUAAAGAUCAACAAAAAUUACAAAGUUUAGACACUUCAAUUAAAAGUCAAAUUGAUAAAGUUAAUAAACCCAAAACUUCCAGUGAAGGCAAGUCAACAAGACUUAAAUUAAAGGGAGCUGAUAUGGUAAAGCUAAAAGACAUUUCCACACAUGAACUGUCAGUGGAGCAACAGUUAUAUUACAAGGAGAUAACUGAGGCCUGUGUAGGAUCUGAUGAAACUAGAAGAUCUGAAGCCUUACAAAGUUUAGCCACUGAUCCUGGUUUACAUCAAAUGCUACCCAGAUAUAGUUCAUUUAUAUCGGAGGGGGUUAAAAUCAACGUGGUGCAACAUAAUUUGGCUCUUUUGAUCUAUCUGAUGAGGAUGGUCAAAUCAUUAAUGGAUAACCAAACUUUAUUUUUGGAGAAAUAUCUCCAUGAAAUGAUACCUGGUGUUUGUACAUGUAUUGUCAGUAAACAGUUGUGUCUUAGACCUGAUGUAGAUAACCACUGGGCCUUGCGUGACUUUGCAGCAAGAUUAAUGGCUCAAAUUAGCAAAAAUUAUAGUACAAAUACAAACAAUAUUCAGGCAAGAACAACUAAGAUGUAUACACAAGCUUUACAAGACGAGAGAUCGGCAUUAGCAACACAAUAUGGAGCUGUGGCAGGAAUGGGAGAAUUAGGUGCCGAAGUAAUCAAAACAUUUCUGUUACCCAAUUUAAAACUGCUGGGUGAGAGACUAAAAACUGCUAUUGAAGGACCCAUUAUUAAUAAUGUGGAUAAAAUAGCCUCAGAUCACAUCAAGAAAUUAUUAACAAAAUAUUUGCCUUCUGUGUUAAAAACUGUCCAUAGUGUAAGUGAGACGGUGGAAGAUUAUACGAAGGAAUAUGGAUAUUUAGGACCGGGACUACAUACUUCAGUUAUUAAAGAGAGAACUACCAUUGUUACACAGACACCAGUAUCUAAACCAUCUCUUAAUAUACAACAGAGUGGUACACCAACAACACCAAGAUUUCCUUCAGCUUCUGUUGUUCCUCGUACUCCCACAACACCCAAUAUUCCUCACCAACAAAAAUAUGUCAUUAUGUCUUCUCAAGGUCGAUCAUCUACUGGAACUCAACCUACAUCCUUAUCUUUACCUACAUCGUCAUCAUCAACUUCCAGUUCCACUCCUACUAUAGUUAAAUUAGUCAGCAAUUCCAACCAACCUCCUCCUGCACCAUCAUCUUCUGCUGCUACAGUUCAGGGGCCUUCUGGACAAAAAUAUGUUGUUAUGUCCUUACCAAAAGAUGGAUAA